AAGUAUGACGAAGAUUUCAAAUUUUUAAUUGUUUUCUUUUAGGUGUGUUUUUGGUACACUUUGCCGGCCUCACCCUAAUAAUAUUUCUACUCCAAAUAUACAUGUAGCUCGAGAUUUCGAAAAAUCAAUUGACAUUUAGCUACGGCAGACGACAGUAGAGUAGAUAGAUGAGUCUACUAGUGUAGCGUAGUAGACUUUGACCACACUUAUUUAUAAAUACUGUUGUUACCUACGUAUUUUAUCAAUUUGAAAAGUAACAUAUUGACAAUUACCAAAUAAAUAUGGCAUUAAGAGGAAUAAAAGUGAUAGAAAUGAUAGGAUUAGCUCCAGGUCCUUUUUGUGGUUCUAUACUGGCAGAUUUUGGUGCAACGGUUACUGUGGUCCAAAAGUUAGAUCCAUCUCCUGUAGACCUGAUGUCAAAUGGAAAAAGAACAAUUUCCAUCAAUUUAAAACAAAAAGAAGGAGUCAAAAUAUUAAAGAAACUGUGUGCUAAUUCCGAUGUCCUGUUAGAUACCUAUAGACCUGGUGUUCUUGAAAAUCUGGGACUAGGUCCUGACAUACUGUUAAAAGAAAAUACUAAAUUAAUAUAUGCUCGACUAACAGGAUAUGGUCAAAAUGGUUACUUUAGUAGUAAGGCAGGACAUGAUAUAAAUUAUGUUGCUAUGUCUGGAGUACUUUCUAAGCUUACCAGAAAUGGAAAACCUCCACAGCCACCGAUAAAUAUUAUAGCUGAUUUUGCUGGUGGAAGUGUUCUCUGCGUUCUUGGAAUCCUCCUGGCAUUACUAGAAAGAACUAAGUCAGGAAAAGGUCAAGUCAUAGAUGCGAGUAUGACAGAAGGUGCUGCAUAUGUAGCAUCAUGGCUGUUUAAAUCACAUAACACAAAUUUGUUUAGUGGAGACCCGGGUACAAAUUUAAUUGACGGUGGCUAUCCCUUUUACACAAGUUAUAAAACCAAAGAUAAUAAAUUUAUGGCCGUUGGUGCACUGGAACCAAAAUUUUAUUCUGAUUUUCUAAAAGGAUUAAAUUUAUCUGCAGAUAUGUAUACACAGGGUGAUGUGGAUAUCUGCAAAAAGAAGUUUGAAGAAGUUUUCUUAACAAAGACACAAGAGGAAUGGUGUGCAAUUUUUGAAAAUUUAGAUGCUUGCGUAACUCCAGUGUUGAGUAUGGAUGAGGUUGACACCCAUAUUUGUAACUCAUCAAGAAAAUCAUUUUAUAAAAAUGAAAAUAAUUUCAAUCAGCCAGAGCCUGCUCCUAAGUUAUCUGCCACACCUGGUGUAGCAAGUGGUAAACAAAUAUUACCCAAACAUGGAGAACAUACAAUGACAAUAUUGAGAGAAUUAGGAUACACAAAUUUAAAAAUACAAGAGCUUAUUAAAAAUAAUUGUAUAUAUGCUCAUACCAAUUCACAUUUAUAAUUAAUAAUCAUUAUUCUAUCGAUUCAUUAAUAUAAUGUUCAAUCUUCAACAAAUUUGGUGCUAAUUCGGGUGAUAGACUAUUAUUAAGAAAUAGGUAAUGGUUUUUUAUCAACUUAAUUAUUUUUAAAAUAUUUUUUAAAUCAAAAAUGAUAUGGUUUUUUUGAAAAUGAUAAGUAUUGAAUAAUACAAGUUUAUCUUUGUUUACAUGGUUUAACCUCUUUUGAGCAAUAUGAAUGAUGAAUUUUAUAAAUGAUUCAAAAUCCAUACCAAAGACAGAAUUUAAUAUAAGUUGACAUUGGGAUGUGAAUUCUGGGGUUUCUCUAAACUCUUCAAUUUCAUGUUCAACUGAAUUUAAAUUUCUUUGUAAAGAUCUCCAUACAAUCUCAAUAUUACUUGCAUUAACAAAAUUAUGGUUUAUUGAAAUAGUAUCUAUUUCGUUAGAUACUUGAUGGUGCCAUCCAGAAGGAACGAAAAUUCCAUCAUCUUUUUCUUGAAUAACUUCAAAAUAUCUUAUAUUCUCAUACUGUUCAGGAUUAAAAAGUAAAGGUAAAUUUCCCAAA